AUCGCGCGGGCUGAAACAAGUGACGUCUCCGAGGCACCAUUUUCCCGUCGUUCUCGCCGGCCAGUGUGGCUGUUCCUUGUGGUGAGGACGGUUGUCCACUUGCGUCGGAAUGUUUUCUCGAUGAUGGAUUCAGUGAUGGAAGGUUAUGGCAUUUCUGUUCCUGUACAUGUCAUUACUCCGUUCCGUGGAAGCUGUGCAGAAAAAGGUAGACCAUUCAGAAAUGAAAAUAAAAUUACAAACAUUUUUGAAAACAUAAUCAACAAUAUUACUGCAAGUUUCAAGUUAUCACUGAGGACACACCUCGUUAGAGUAUGUUAUUGGCUUUUUCCAUCUCCCGGAGAAAGUUCUCUUAUUUCGAAUGUAAUAUCUGUAAAGUCA